AUGUCUUUCUUUUCUCGAGUCUUUCGGGGCAAAGAUGCCCCUGCGACAAAGAAACAGACAAAGCCUACCGCGGCCUUAGACCCGACCCCUGCGAAGCCCAAAUGGUCCGACGCGUGGCAGCGAACAGAGAUUGCGCCGGAGGAAGUCCAAGACCUUGUACGAGGGUGUGUGCAUGAGCUCAAAGCCCGAGCUCUUGACACCCCAUUUCUCCUCCUGCCAUUCCGACCCAGCUCCGAUCCGAGUGCUGCUCGCACGUUCAUUCGCAAUUACUUCAAUCAGUCCUUUGAGAAGGGUUCACCUGUGAAUGGAGAGCUCUUGGCGCAAGAGCUCCGGCUCACGGAGCCGAUGGUUCUUUGUGGUGUGAUGAAAUGGUGCUGGAGCAGACUUCCUGGUGGUGUUGUUACCUGGGAGGCAUACGAAACCUUCAAGAUGGGCGAAAAUGAUUCGGAUAUGGCCCGCGAUGCUUUUUCCACUUUCAUUCCAAUCGGCGGCGAUUCCGAAGCGCGCACCAGUAUCAUUUUUGACUUCUUCGACCUUUUGGCUGCCAUUGCGGCCCAUGGAAAAUCCAACGGCUUGGGAGGCCGCAAGCUUUCCCGAUAUGCCGGAUGGUGGGCAUUCGAGCAUGUGGAUACAGGCAAUGGCUUUGAGGCCGCUUAUAAAAACUGGGCUGCUGCUGCCGAUGCUACAAGCCACUUGUUCUUCGCCUACCUUCGCUCACUGUCCCCCGAUGUCCCCCGCGGCGUGAGUGGCAUCUCCUCGCUACCCAUAUCUCUCCAGUCCCUCGUCGAAGCGACCGAAUAUCCCCCCGAGACUCCCACUUUGCUGCAAGUUACAACUACGAAGGUUGUCAUGAUUGUGGAGAAUGUUUCUCCGACACCAUUUGCUUUAUUGCGACGCGCCAAAAACUUCGAAUACCGCGACGAUGAUUGGCACUUGCAAGAGUUUGCCAACUACGAGGACCCCGUCAGCGCAUUGACUGACGAGUGUCACCGCGUUCUCAAGUGUAUCUCAUCAGCGAACCAAUCCAGUGUUUCGAGUACCAAGCAGUCAACCAGUUUGCGAGAUGCAUCCUGGUCUCGUUUCGAGGAUGUUGGCUUCGGUGGCUCUAUCGACUCUGAUCCAGAGGAUGAAAAGGAGUCUGCCCCACCGGCGACGGCAAAGAGCGCUGCUCCUAGCGGAUUGAACACUGUUCCUCAAUCUGGAGGAGGUGACCUUGGCCGUCCUACCACUCCCUCGUGGGCAGACUUUAUGUCAUCUGGUUUCGCGGAUGAAAAUGGGUUGAAGCCCAACGUGGGUCCUUUGCUCUUGCCUCCUGACAAGAUUCUGCCCCCCAUUGCUGCUGUACGUGGUCAGAGCUCUCAGUCCCAUAAGCGUUCCUUGGAUAUCGAGCCGUGCCUUGAGCCAGCAGAGUUGGCCAGUAUUAAUACCCUAGACAUGGACGACUCUUUCUGGUGGGUUUGGAUCAGCAGUUUGUCAGGCGACGAGCCUUCUUCUCGCAAGGCUGUAUUUGGUCGAUGUGCACUUCUAGAGACCGUCAUUCGGGAUACCAAAUGGCUGGUUCUUGAGGAACAGGUGAAGGGCGCUGCCCCAGAGCCUGAAGCCGGUGCUCAGAUUGUCGAGAAGAAGCGAUUCUUCACUUUCGGUAGCCGUAGAGGUAAGCUCAAUCGUCGCAAGUCCACGGCCAAGAAGGUGUCUUCGAUUGAAGAAUCGUACAAGCGGCCCAAUAAUCUGGGAACGCAGAGCAAGACUAGCAUUGGACCUGAUCAGCACAAGCGGAUCCAGGCAGCUGCGGCCGCUCUUCAAAAGAAGCACCGCGAGCAAGAAGCGGAAGCCAAGGAAAACCGAGUCAACCCCGAUCCUAGCCGUUCCUCCAAGACCAACUCCGUCCUGACCCUCCAGCCUGCCAUUCUAGACGAGGCUUCACAGGCUAUGAAGUGGACUAAGAACUAUGACAAGAGUGCCUUCCGGGCAGCAUACCUCAAUGACAACCGCGCUGGCACUGGUCUUGUUGAAGAACUCACAGGCACCCCCGAGUCUACCUCUAAGGUGCCUGAGCAGAAGCCUUCCACGCCCUCGGCACCUCUUCCAGUCAGCACUGCAAAGACCGGUCCUCCUCCACUUCCUAAAGAUGCAGCAGCAGCCGUCGCCACCCCUCUUCCGCCUUCGCCUAAGCAAGAGCCAAAGAAAAUAGUGAAGGUCCCCACUCCUGGAUCAGAGAAGAUCACCUCAAAGCCUGCCGUUGUCGAGCAGCCCGCGGAACGACGGGACUCAGUAGACGAUGCCAGUAAGAAGUUGAAGAAGAAGGCCGGAAACACUGGCUUCAAGAGCAUGUUCGGGACCAAAAAGAAGCCCGAAGAGCCGCAGCCUCCUAUGAAGAACACUGGUUCCAAGGAAACCUCUACUGUGGCAGCUGCUCGUGCAGCGCUUGAGGCAAAGACCAAGGCAGCCCAGGAGUCCAGCCCCGUGAAGAAGAAGCCUCUUCCCAAGGAGACCGCUGUCGUGGCUGAAAAGCCCUCGACGCCUCGAGUUGUUGAAACGCGUUCGGAGCAACGCGUGACAGAGUCCCCGACUCCAGCACAGCCCUCCGCCUCUCUGGGAGCGAAUGGUGCGCCGCCCAAAACCAGACGCGCCGCCGAGUAUGAUGCUCUCUCGCGCGUCGCUACCCCGGAACGUGACGCCGCCGAUCACGAGUUCUCCAAAUUCGACCAGGGCCCGUUAUCUGACCAACCUGCUUUCGUCCCCGAUGAUUCGCCCGUCAGCCCUGUGCCUGUAGCCCGGAAGAUUGAACUUCCUCAGACUCCGAUCAACGGCAAUGGUAUCCGCCCUGACGCCGCUACCUCUCCUGCGUCCACCGACACCACCCAGGAUCGGUGGAAGGCGAUCCGCGAGGCUGCUGCCCAGCGGACUACUGUCAACCAUGAACAUGUUCAUGAGCCGGAAAUCGAAAAUCCCCGCACUAGCCAGUCAGAGCGCACCGACGAGGGAGAAACCAGCGGAGAAGAGACCAUCGAAGCCCGCGUCGCCCGUAUCAAGGCCCGAGUGGCCGAGCUGACCGGCAACACGGAUGAUGGACAAAGACACUAG